AAGAAGGGAGAUUCCCUGUUUGGCGUGUGUCUGAGGAAUCGAGCCAAUCAAACAACAGUACAGCGCCACUCAAUGACGUAUGGCAUGAAAUGCCACACCCCUCCACGUCUCGGUGCAAAGCCGUUGAGGGGGUCGACUUGAGUAGAACACAGCCUAUUUGCAGUAUGUAAGCCUCGCACCAUCACCCACCACCGGCAAAACCUGCUUGUUAUUUUGACUUUGGUGUGUGAGGUCAUAGGGCGCUGUGACACUAGGGUAGAUAGAUGUCAGAGGCAACCUGAGCCCAAGACACAUACCACAAUAAAUGCAUAAACAUUCCAAAAGAUCCAAAACUCCCAGUUUUAUUUCCAUCUUGCCUCGUGAAUAACCAACUCUAUUCCAAAAAGCAUACAUCUAAUACGCAUAUUUCACCAUCUCGAAGCCCUCUACGCCGACGAUAGGAACAAAAAUGGCAGACAUCAAGCUCAACAAGCAAGAAGAGGAGGAGGAGCAGAAGAAGCAGUCAACGAUGGAAUGGGCCAGGGAGAAGUACAACGAGCAGUACGACGCCUGGAUGCCGUGGAUCGAAGAUACUUUCCUGAAGUACUUCACCAAAGAUAACCGGGCGAGCUACGUGACGCGAGACGGUCUAGACAGGACCAAAGUAACAGGCAUCGACCAAGUCGACAGCCUCCAAGACGGCACGCACAACCUCGCCGCGAGCACGCUCGGCCAAGGCGGGAUUCUCGAGCCCGUCGGCGACGCCGUGUCCGCGGGGAUGAAGAAGGCCGACCCGCGCCCGAAGAAGAGCGAGAAGAACGGCGGCAGCAACAACAUCCCCGUUGUUUCGAACCUUGGUUCUGGCCUCGGGUUGUAAACCAAGCUAGAACAAAAGAUGUCUCGAUCAGAUGAUCGUUUAUGAUGCGGGUUGAUGAAAGUGUAAACAUCGACCUUGACACAAUUCAUGUAUAAUAUUACAUACGCAAAGGGAAAUUAUAUCUCGGCAAAGGAGCAGGAAUAAUCAACGGUGGAAUGGCGUAACGGACGAGGGUUUUCAUUCAUUGGGGGCGCUUCGUUGGGGUAUAAUGGAUUUACAUAGUAAUAUUAUGACG